AUGUUUACCUCAUCUUCUAUCCAAUUCCACGCCCCAAUCAUUCAUCAUCGUCUAUCCUCCACCACAACCCACUCAUUCCUCCGCCCUCCUCCGCUCCUAAACCCCUCCCCUCCCUCCAUUUUUACACUCCGCCCUCCUCCGCUCCUAAGCCCCUCCCCUCCCUCCAUUUUCACAGUUUCCGCCAAGCCUCCAACUCCCGACAAAGCCAGCGAGCAGAAAUGGGUCCACGAAGGUCUCAUCACUGAAUCCCUCCCCAACGGCAUGUUCCGCGUCCUCCUCGACAACCAAGACCUUAUCCUCGGCUAUAUCUCCGGAAAGAUUCGAAAAAAUUAUGUGAGGAUCCUUCCCGGAGAUAGAGUUAGAGUUGAAGUCAGUCGCUAUGACUCCUCCAAAGGACGCAUAAUUUACCGAAUUCGAAGUACCCCCGGUGGUGCUGCUGGCAAAAGCUCUUAG